CAUUAAUUUGCAAGUCGCCAAAGUUACAAAGCAAAAUAGUUUUUGAGGUUGUGUUUCGGCGUUUUAAAAUAUAAAGAAAAAUAAUUUUUAUUUUAUUAAAAAAUGUCUUCAAGGUAUGAUAGGGCUAUUACUGUGUUUUCUCCAGAUGGUCAUUUAUUACAAGUAGAGUAUGCCCAAGAGGCUGUACGGAAGGGAUCCACAGCGGUUGGUGUUAGAGGAGCAAAUACAGUAGUUUUAGGAGUAGAGAAAAAAUCUGUUGCAAAAUUACAAGAGGAACGUACAGUUAGGAAAAUUUGUUUACUGGAUGACCAUGUUGUUAUGGCGUUUGCUGGACUUACAGCUGAUGCGAGAAUUCUAAUUAAUAGAGCACAAAUUGAGUGCCAGAGCCAUAAACUCACAGUUGAGGACCCUGUGACGUUAGAAUAUAUCACAAGAUACAUUGCCAGUCUGAAACAAAAAUAUACACAAAGUAAUGGCCGAAGACCUUUCGGUAUCUCAUGUUUAAUUGGUGGAUUUGAUUACGACGGAGCCCCUCAUUUGUACCAAACAGAACCUUCUGGUAUUUAUUAUGAGUGGAAAGCUAAUGCCACUGGUAGAUCAGCAAAGACUGUUAGAGAAUUCUUAGAAAAAUACUAUACUUCUGAAGAAGUUUCUACAGAAAGGGGUACAAUCAAACUUGCUAUUAGAGCCCUUUUAGAAGUUGUUCAAUCUGGCCAGAAAAACUUGGAAAUUGCUGUUAUGAGACAUGGGGAACCAUUGGAAAUGCUCGAUGGAGACUCUAUUGAAAAAUAUGUGACAGAGAUUGAAAAAGAGAAAGAGGAGGAAGCAGAGAAAAAGAAGUCUAAGAAAUGAAAAACAGAUUCAUUAAUAAUUUUAUAACUAUUGUAUUAUCGAGGUUAAGUUAAAUUAAUUAAUCUUUUUUUUGAAUAAUGAAAUACAAAAUUAUUU